AUGUCUUCACGAUACCCCCCAUUAUCUGGGUUUAAUUCCCGCGACAGAUCUCCGCAGCGCUUCGGUGACCGUCGACCUCCUGCGGGCCCUCGAGGUUCUGAUGAUGCGAAUCUGCCCCCGCUGGGCCGAGAGCCGCCUCGGGGUCCAAAGGCAUUAAUUGAUCCUCCUCGGGGAGCUCCCUUUGGUGGUCGAGGUCGAGGAUAUCCGGGCCGUGGGGAUUUUCGGGAUCGGGAUCGGGAUCUUCGAGAUAGGGACAGAGACCGCGAUCGCGAUUUUCGAGAUGUUCGUGAUGGACCUCCUCCGUUCCGCCGUGAUCUUGACCGCGAUUGGGGUCGCCGCGACCGGGACUUUGACCCCAGGGAUUCACGGAUCGGCUUUGGUCGCGGUCGCUCUCGUUCCCCGCCGCCUCCUCGCGACUUUCGCGAUAUGAGAGAACCUAUUGGGAGGGAUCCAGAUCUGGUGCGGAUGCGACGCGGUUCCAGAGACAGCCUUCUUUCAGUCUCAUCGACUACUGCGGACAUCCCAUCCUCAGGACCUGGUCACCACCCUCGUGGCGGGCCUAUGCGUGGUCGUGGGCGGGGAGAUUGGGAUGUCGGACGUGGGCGCGGCCGUAUCCCUUAUCUGGAUGAUCGUGACUCCUUUCGACGCCGAAGUCGUUCACGGGAUGGCCGAUGGGACCGUGACCGAGAAAGAGAUCGAAUUAUGGACCGAGAUAGGGACCGCGACCGUGACCGUGAUCGAGACCGCGACCGAGACCGAGACCGCGACCGCGAUCGUGAGAGAGAGCGUAUAAUGGACCGUGACCGAGAGAUCGAUCGCCGUGACCGCGAAAGAGACCGGGAGUUGGAUCGUCGUGAAAGAUUUGACCGUCGUGAUGAACUUGACCGACGUAUGGAACGCGACGAUCGAGAUAGACCUGCCGAUCUUUGGAAGAGAGAUCGACCUCCGAGUCGCAAUGAAAAUCGUAUACCCAGCAUUUCAGCAGCACCGCCUGUUCCCCCAGCUCUCCAUACUGGUCCUGCAACAUCCGACCGAGUUCCCGACCACCCUAACGUUGAACAGACUCGCAAACCAUCCAUAGCUGAGCCUCGGCGUGAACCCGAACGACCUGAGCCUGUUGCACCUCGCCCAGAGCCCCCCAAAGAAUUUCACACUCCUAUCAAGCGGUCGCCGCCUCCUGCGGCUCCGCAGGUCCCGGCCUUUGGCUCUGUUACCGCACCUAUCCCCGACUUGUCUGCAGAGAAGAGGCUGUCCGAUGCAGGUGCCGCGCCUCCAUCAGCCCCAAAGGUAGAGAAAGAGCAACAUGAACCUAUAUCACGCGGGCCUAUACAGCCUCCGACGGGUCCCAAAGCUUCCCGAACUUCUCCCCAACAGCCGCUGGAGCAACGAAUUCGACGUGAUGAGACUCUGGACACUUCCACUAAACAUGAACCAAUGGCACGCACCUCCAAACCUCAUUCCGUCACACCCGCUAGUGCACAGAGGCAACCGGACCUUUCCCCACCCACUGCCCCGGCGGCUAUGACCAGCAAGGAGCCUCCAGCACCGCAAGUUGAGACGCCUUUGGCCAACAAGUCCGGGCCUAUCGUCAGCUCCCCAGAGCUUUCAGCAAGAGGCCCACCUUCAGCCAAUCGCGGAUCAUCGCCGGGUCCACACACAUCGCCUCUUAUGCACUCGUCAAGUAUCCCUACGGGCCCGCGUGCUCUUCAACAGCGACCAUCGUGGGUUCGUCCUGGCUACAGGGGCCCUCCUCCUGCGCCUAAUUCCACUGAGCGGGCGUUAUCUAUCAGUGAGGAACCGAAGCGAGAACAUCGCAUGUCAAUCGAUGACAGCACAUCGGGCCCCGAAGCUGGGGAGAUCGUCCCUGGAAAGGAGAUACAAGAAUCCAAGCGAGAGGCGUCGCCUGUAUCGUCCGAACGCCCCAAGCCUUCAACUGCCCGUGCUACUAGUCCCAACGUACCUUCUGCGGAAGAUGUAGGAGCUAAGGAGAAAACCACUGGAGGCAAAACCGAUGUCCUCAUCCCAGACUUUAGUCGGACUAGCGAUGAAGAUGAAGAUGAAAAUGUUGUUUUUACGCAAGAGUACCUAGAGGAGCGAAAGCGGACUUUCGAGAAGGACAUGCGAGCGUUGCGUGCAGAAUUACCUCCCUCGCCACUAGAAGAUCCGAAUAUUGUUGCACUGCUCAUGCGCAUUCAAUUGUUGGGAACAAUUGCCAAUGAUGUGGUUCCAGAGAGAGCUCCAACUCCACCACCGCCGGCCACUAAAAAUGAAGCCGAAGACCGAGGGGAAGUAGUUGCUCCUCCUGAGGUCAAGCUGGAUAAGGAUGCCGAAGACCAGGAACCAUCAGCCAAGAUGGUCCUGGAUUCACUCCCUGCAGCUGAUGCUGUCACCAUCGAGAGCCUGCCAUUCCUGAAUUCCGGCCCCCCGACUCCUCUUUCUGACCUUGACAUUUACCAAGAAAAUGUCGCAGCCCACCAGUCAAUGAAGGAAGUCUUUCGGGGAGAGAUGAUGAAACGUCGGAAAGAGAUCGCCAGGAAGAACCUUGCGUUACAACACGAUUACGUAGAUUUGUACAAGGACUGGCGACUCCGAGUACAUGAUCUGGAUCGUGCGAAAGAGAAGAAUUCACUGACGCCAGGCCCCGUGUCCCCUCCAGGCACUGCAAUAGCAACACCUACUACCGCCGAAGGAAGGAGAUACAAGGGGAACAGUGAGCUUGACUUCCAGAAUGCUCUCCGAGCUUCAGAAAUCUCCGCCCAGGAGGAACUUGAACGGCGACGUGGGAACAAGGCCACUGCGCAGCCAGAUCUUUCUCGUGAGGCGGUAAUACCAGAUAUGCUCGAGUUGGACGAAGCAAAGGCACGUGUGUAUAAGGACACGAAUAACGUAAUCGACCCUGAAAAGGCUAUGGAUGUCUUUGGAUUUAUCCCGCCGCCCAACGACUUCUCUCCUGAGGAGCAUGAGAUUUUUACUGAUGCGUUCAUGGCUCAUCCGAAGAAAUGGGGUAAGAUUGCCGAAUCUUUGCCUGGGCGAGAUUUCCGGCAAUGUAUCAUCCAUUAUUAUCUUACGAAAGAAGAGAUUAAGUAUAAGGCCAAGCUCAACAAGCGCUGGAGUCGACGUGGUCGUGCCAGAAGGUCUGCCCGACCAAAGUCCAAUGCUCUCAUGGCUGAUUUGGGGGUUGUCAAGCCUGAUUAUGAGGGCGAGGAGGAGCCUGCUCCCGUUACAGAUACCGGCCGACCACGACGUGCUGCAGCGCCCACCUUUGGCGACUCUUCUGCUGAUACGGAGCAUACUAGCAAUGGUCGUCGGGGAGUCAAGGAUGGCGAUCAGCCAGAGAAACCCGCUAGUCGACGAGGCCGUACCGGUGCAGGUUCUCGUGGAGGCCGACGUGGCAAAGUAGCUCAGCAACAACAGCAGCAACAACAGCAACAACUACAACAGCAACAGCAACAGCAACAGCAACAGCAACACCAACAACAACAACAACAACAACUACAGCUACAACAGCAGCAGUCACAGCCACAGCCACAGCAACUACCACAACCAAUCCAGCCAGAGCAGCCGAUCCAGACUGUGACAAUGGCGCCGAUUGCACCUUCUGUUGGGACUAUCUCCAAACUGGAGGUGCCCGAACCAGCCACGGAUGGUGCGAACGAAGCGGCGAUGGUGCGACCCAGAGAGCAGUCCGAGAAACCGGUGGCAGAGGUGCCCCCACGGGCGAGGUCCGGACGUGGCCGUCAGAAAGAAGGAGUGUUGGUUUUUGAGUCGACGGAACAGGAGACUCCGACAACUAGCAGGCAGUCAGAGGUAGGGUAUGGGUCACUGCAGCCUACUAGCUACUGGUCUGUACCAGAACAGCGUGACUUUCCUCAACUACUGGCACACUUUGGUCGCGAUUUCGAAGGCAUAUCGAACUUCAUGAAGACGAAGACAACUGUGAUGGUCAAAAAUUACUUCCAGCGCCGCAUAGACUCCGGCCAGAAAGACUUCGAAGACAUCGUUGCAGAUGCGGAGCACAAAAAGGCUCGGGGAGAACGUACGGGUCCUUUGCCUGCUGCCCCCAACAUUGCCUCGAGACGGCGCUACGAAGCAACACCUUCAUCCAUCAUCAUGCCUCGCCCCCUUGCUCCACAUACAGAAGGUGCAGCGCCCGAGCCAGACGAGGCCCGAGUUGUGUCUAAGAGUAAGCAUACGGCGCCAUCUCCGCAGACAGUACCCCUCCAUGCUCGACCUCCGCCAGAAAAGGAGCGUAAUGUUUCAAGGUAUCCACCACUCGCACAAGCCAGCACUCCGAUGGCCCCUGGGCCUGUUUUCAGCGAGGACUUUUCCAGGGCUCGCGCUCAUCAGGCGAGCUUGCCACCACGCGCCCCAGGCCCACGUCUUGGAUAUUUCCAGGAAGAGAGACGUGAGAUGCAAACCACUGUGCUGCCUCAUACGACCACUCGUCCACAGGAAACACCGAUUUCGGCUCGUCAAACUCCCGUGCCAGCGCCUGAUAUGGCACGUAUGGAGCCUAUCCAUUCUCAAGGAUACCGGACAUCGGGUGUUGAUGUACAUGGGUCACCUCUUCUCCCAACACAGGGCACACUACCAUCGACGCAACAGUCCUACAUGCAACAUCAGCCUCAGCCUUCGCUUAUGCCCACAGGAUCCCAUUCCCGCCAACCCAGUGGCACAAAGCCUCCCAGCUCACCAGCACAACCACUACAGAAGCAGGAGCAGGAUAUGUCCCCCAUCCGACACGACCAUAUCAGCCAAAGGUCAUAUUAUCCGCUACCUGGCCAGCAUGUGGGCUUGUCGCAACCACCGCCAGUCUUGUCGCCACCAAAAGAGGCCCUGCAGCCCGCACCAACCGCGGCUGAACCAGAGGCUCCUCGGCAAGUGCCAGCUAAGCGGUCAAAUAUCUUAAGCAUCCUGAAUGAUGAACCCGAAGAGCCUCAACCGCGUAAACGGUUCGCGAGUGACCAAGCCUCGAAUCCUGGAGGAACUGCAGCCUCUCCGUCGCGGCCAGUCUACACUGGGUCACAUUCGUACUCCCAAGCAGCGGCUGCGCCCCGUCAAGAGGAGACACAUUCCGCAAUGCCGACACAGAAAACUCCUGUAUAUGUUCAGCAAACCCAGUACCUACCGCCAUCCCGAGGUUACGUUGACUAUCAGUCUUAUACACCCGUUCCAGGCAGCUCAGGCGCUCCGGCUAACAAUGAUUGGAUGGCACGUUUUGAUCCUCGAGGCCAACAGCAGCAACAACAGCCGCCUCCGCCACACCAGCAGAGCAGUCGCUCCGGUGGAACACUGGCGCCACAACCCCCGUACUCACCUUACGCUUCGAAUCAAUCACUGUCAGGACCAGGCGCCUCUCUGCCAAAUCUCAGUGCCCCAUCACCCGUUCCAACUCCCUCACCGGCUCCUUCUCAGCGCGCUUAUCACACCAACGUCUAUGCACCAUCGCCAGUGACACAUGCACAGGCUGCAGCUGUCGGCUCGCGAGACUUAGGUGCACAGAACCAAGUUUUCCGCCCCACAAUCGGGUCUCCCACGCCCCGUGCUAAUGCCAUCGCCUAUGGUUCCCGCCAAGGCCCUCCCACUCCUAUUCAAUCUCCUGCCAAUUUGCUUGGGAUGUCGCGCCCUGCAGCAAGCGCGGCAUACGCUACACCAACAUCAGUAACUCCGGCACCGACGCAUGUGUCCGCACAGCAACAUCAUAGCGGCCAUCAGACCUACCAGCAACAUGUGCAAACAAUGGUUAGUGGAGCACACCAACAGCCACCGCAUAGAUCUGCGCUCGGUCUCGCUGGUGCACAUUACGGUCAUAAUACACCACCUCCGCAAGCUCAGGGCUCCCGGGCAGCAGGUCUAUCUGGGCCGCAGCAUCAGGCAAUGUCCAUGGGUCGUUCUUAUACUCCCCCGGCGAUUCUCCAACCAAACCCAGCAGGCGGGCUGAGCUAUGCUCCUGGUGGGCCUCAGGCAGUCGGUGUCCACCCCCUCCAGGCACGAAGUCAUGUAUCUGGGACUUUGAGCGAGGUAGUCCCUGGCUCUCAUGGGGCGCCAGGACACCAUCGGGUGUACAGUCAAGGGUCAAAUGCCGGGCCGCUCCCGGGGCCACUUACGCCACAGCACCCUUCUCGAUAG